GAGAGAGAGAGUGGCAGCUGGAGGGCAGAGCAAAACACGUCAGUGAGGGAAGCAGAGCGAGGCGACAGAGUGAGAGACGGGAGUGUGGGAAAGACGGCGAGGGAGAGAGAGAGAGUGAGAGAGAGAGAGAUCGGCUCUCGCUACCGAAGCCAGCGUCGGUCUGCUCCGUCUUCACGCUGCGGUGGACUUUUUACAGCUCUGCUCAGAGUCUCACUUUUGGCUGCGAAUACACUUUCUUUCACUUGCGCUCAGCUAUUGUACCUCACACACACACACACACACACGCACACACUGACACACACACACAGCCACAGGCGUGCAGCGACCGGACAGCACGGCGUAACUGAUGGUGGACGUGAGCACAGCAGCGCUGCCCACGCAGGUGCCCCCCACCUCCACAGCCAUCCUUCCCAUGGACCUGCGCGUCGUGGACCACCCCCACCCCCACCACCACCACCAGCAGCAGCCCGCCUUCGGCCUGGUUCCCCAGCCCCACCCCGCGCCGGCCUCCUCCGCCGCCGAGACGGGACGCGGCCCGGGCAUCAACCCCCCGGAGCAGCACCUGCAGCAGGAGCUGGUGGCUCUGAAACACAAGCAGCAGCUCCAGAGGCAGCUCCUGAUCGCAGAGUUCCAGAGGCAGCACGAACAGCUGUCCCGGCAACAUGAGGCCCAGCUGCAGGAACACAUCAAGCACCAACAGGAUUUGCUGGCGCUCAAACACCAGCAAGAGCUGCUGGAGCAUCACAGGAAGAUGGAGCAGCAGCGGCACGAGCAGCAGCUGGAGAAGCAGCAGCGGGAACACAAACUCCAGCAGCUCAAACACAAGGAGAGGGGACAAGAGAGUGCCGUUGCCAGCACAGAGGUAAAGAUGCGACUUCAGGAAUUUGUCCUCAACAAGAAGAAAGCGCUGGCUCAGCGAAACCUUAACCACUGUCUGCCCAGUGACCCCCGCUACUGGUAUGGAAAAACACAGCACAGCUCUCUGGACCAGAGCUCGCCCCCCCAGACGGCCUUAUCGGCGUACAACCACCCGAUGCUGGGCACGUACGACUCAAAAGACGACUUCCCCCUCCGCAAAACAGCUUCUGAGCCCAACCUGAAGCUUCGCUCCCGGUUAAAGCAGAAGGUGACAGAGCGUCGCAGCAGCCCUCUGCUCCGCAGGAAAGAUGGAGCCAUCACUUCUGCCAAGAAGCGGUCCUUAGACGUGGCCGAGUCUGCUUGCAAUAGUGCUCCAGGUUCAGGCCCCAGUUCCCCCAACAACAGCUCCAGUAACAUCCCCAGUGAGAACGGGGUCGCGAUCUCCAGCAGCCCCGGAGAGGCCUCCCUGCUUCAGAGGCUGGCUGCCAGGGAAGGUUCGAUCAGCCAGCUCUCGCUCUACACCUCGCCUUCCCUCCCCAACAUCACCUUGGGACUUCCGGCCACCGGUCCGAGCACAGUGGUGUCGGGCCACCAGGACGGCGAGAGUCAUCUGGCGCUGCCGGCGUUGCAGCAGGGCAUUCCCCUGACCCCCCCGUUCCUGCCCGCUGCCCACCUGCCCUCCUACUUGGCAUCCUCGGCGCUGGACAGGGAGGGGGCUGGAGGGGGCACGGCGGGCCACAACUCUCUGCUCCAACACAUGGUCCUGCUGGAGCAGAGCCACAGUCCGAUGGUUGGUCUAGGCGGCCUGCCGCUGCCGUCGCCCUCCGUCUCCAAGCUGGUGCGGGGCCACCGUCCCCUGGGGAGGACGCAGUCGGCCCCCCUGCCCCAGCAGCAGUGCGGACAGGCCCAGGCGCUGCAGCAGCUGGUGGUCCAGCAGCAGCACCAGCAGUUCCUGGAGAAACACAAGCAACUGUUCCAGCAGCAGCAGCAGCAGCACAUCAUCAACAAGAUCAUGUCCAAGCCCGGGGACCCGGUCUCUGUCUCGGCCCCGGGUCCCGGCGGCUCGGGGCCGGGCAGGCAGCACCAGAGCCACCCGGAGGAGACGGAAGAGGAGCUCAGGGAGCACCAGGGCCUCUCCUCGUCCUCCUCGUCCUCCUCCUCCGUCUCGGCGCCGGAGGCGGCGAUGCUGCGGGGUCUGGUCAUCAAGCAGGAGCCCCCCGACCCGGACCAGGACGACCGGGAGCAGAGGGAGAGGCAGGCCGAGCAGGACUUCCUCUUCAAACAGCAGGCUUUGCUGUUGGAGCAGCAGCGGAUCCACCAGCUGAGGAACUACCAGGCCUCCAUGGAAGCGGCGGGCCUGUCGGUCAGCUUCGCCGGGCACCGCCCCCUGUCCCGGGCCCAGUCGUCCCCGGCCUCGGCCUCCUUCCCCAUGGUGGUGCAGGAGCCGCAAGCCAAGCCCCGAUUCACCACAGGUCUGGUGUAUGACUCUCUGAUGCAGAAACAUCAGUGCAUGUGUGGAAACACCACCAGUCAUCCGGAGCACGCCGGCCGCAUCCAGAGCAUCUGGUCCCGCCUCCAGGAGACGGGCCUGCGGGCGCACUGCGAGUGUAUCCGUGGUCGGAAAGCCUCGCUGGAGGAGCUUCAGACGGUGCACUCAGAAGCCCACGUCCUGCUGUAUGGAACGAACCCUCUGAGGCAGAAGCUGGACUGUUCGGUCAAUCCCAUGUUUGUGAGGCUGCCGUGCGGAGGCAUCGGGGUGGACAGCGACACCAUCUGGAACGAGGUCCAUUCGUCCAGCGCGGCUCGUCUGGCCGUGGGCUCGGUGGUGGAGCUGGUUUUCAAAGUGGCGUCGGGAGAGCUGAAGAACGGCUUCGCUGUGGUCCGACCACCAGGUCACCACGCUGAGGAGAGCACACCCAUGGGCUUCUGCUACUUCAACUCGGUCGCCAUCGCAGCCAAACUUCUGCAGCAGAGACUCAACGUCAGCAAAAUCCUUAUCGUGGACUGGGACGUUCACCAUGGCAACGGCACCCAGCAGGCCUUCUACGCCGACCCCAGCGUGCUCUACCUGUCUCUGCAUCGCUACGAUGACGGGAACUUCUUCCCUGGCAGCGGAGCGCCCGACGAGGUGGGUAGUGGAGCAGGCGUGGGCUUCAAUGUGAACAUGGCCUUUACCGGAGGACUGGAGCCUCCAAUGGGCGACGCGGAGUACCUGGCUGCGUUCAGAACGGUGGUCAUGCCUAUAGCCAACGAGUUCGCCCCGGACAUGGUGCUGGUGUCGUCUGGCUUUGAUGCGGUGGAUGGACAUGCCCCACCGCUGGGCGGAUACAAGCUGACGGCCAAAUGUUUUGGCUACCUGACCAGGCAGCUGAUGGCUCUGGCGGGCGGGCGGCUGGUUCUUGCCUUGGAGGGAGGUCACGACCUCACGGCCAUAUGCGAUGCCUCUGAAGCCUGCAUCUCUGCUCUGCUUGGCAAUGAGUUGGAUCCCAUCCCUGAUGAGGUGCUGCAGCAGAGACCCAACGCCAAUGCUGUGCACUCCAUGGAGAAAGUCAUUGAAGCGCACAGUAAACACUGGCGCUCCCUCCAGCGCUCGGCCUCCACACUGGGCUGCUCGCUGAGUGAAGCUCUCCAGCGUGACGCAGAGGAGGCCGAGACCGUGUCGGCCAUGGCCUCGCUGUCCGUCGCCAACAAGCACAUCGGAAAGAGAACUGAAGAGGAGCCAAUGGAGGAGGAACUCCCCAUGUAGAGAAACAAGGCCGCCUUUGACCACUCAGAUCAGUCUUCACAUUUGAUUGUUCUCCUGCGCCUCGCCGCUGCCGCAUCGAGGAGGCGUUUUAUCCCGGGAGACGGCGGGCCGAGCCGACUCAAGUGGCACUCAAAGGAAAACGUGACGCUGAGGACGGGCGGUGCGUUGACCGCCCGUCGGUGCACGGAGCCAUCAGCUUGAAUGUGUUGCAUCGCAGGUGGAUAUAAGAGGACCGACUCGGUUAACCUGCGUCGAGCACCUUGAGUGCCAGUGCUUUUUGAAAAACACUACACAGUUGUACCUUUUUUUCCUGAUCGCCAGUCUGGAACGUACCGUACGCCGAUGAUCUGCACUCGUCUACUUAUCAUGUUGUUCUGUUCUUUCUGUGCUUUAUCUCCUCACUUUUUGAUCAAGACCACCAGAGCUAGUGUGAUUGUGACUCUGCACUAAAGACGGAUCCCUGCAAUCUUUCAAGGUAUCUCAAUCGAAACCGUCACGUUUUGACAAAAUGACAAAAAGUUUCCAGGAUCCAAAAACAAACAAAUUGUCAGUAAAAAGACUGUGCAUUUGUGCCUUUUCUUUGUCAAACCCGGUGGAUUUUUGAACUCCACUUGAAGAGCUCUGCCUUAAAAACAGGUUUGGGAACGAGGCCUCUUCUCGCCAACCUCCCCUUGAACAUUUCUUAGCUGGCAAAAUCAGCCACUGCCUGCAUGUUGUUGGCACAUAGACUGGAGGACCUUGGCAUGUUUACCUAUAAAUUCCCUUCGAAGCCAGCCUACUGUACCUUUGUCGCUCUCCAUCCUUGUGUUUUUUGUUUUUUUUUUCUCCCCCUCUCAUUUUCAAUCUCGACUUGGAAGGUAGUUCCCAUCCGCGAGUUGGAGGUGGCUAAGUUUUCGGUCCAUCAUGUUAACACGGGAAGAGAAGUAGCAUGCACUUUACUAAAGCAACGACGACUUCUUUAACAAAAGAAAAAAAAGCUGAAUUCUAAUCAUAAUGCAAGUGGUAGUUGGACAACAAUGAAGCCAAAGCAUGUCGGGCAUUCGAGUCGAGCGACUCGCUAACUCACUCACUCACACACACACACGGAAAAGCCUUGGCCUCUCUCGGUGCAGAUUAUUGAGGGAUGAAGACGAUUUGAUUUUUAACGGGCUAAUUCGCCCGACGGGCGCGCUGCGGCGGUUACAGGGAGCGUACCACCUGGGGGUUUCCAGAGGGGUGUUCACGUCACUCCCACAGCUGCUUGUUAAGCACAUCUGCUCUCCAAAUGUCAGGUGCUAUGAGGCAGAUGUGGGCACACCUGUCCGUUUGUAUACAGUGAAGCACAAACUGCUCUUUUUUGAAAAUUCUGCAGCCUCGCACGUGCAUUUAAAUAGCUGCUACAGAUGAGGUUUCGGUUGUAUUUUCCAUUUUCAAUAGCACAUGUAGCUCAGUCUCUUCUCUGGAUACGAAACCCUCUCGCAGGUUCAGCUUUCAUAAGUGUGUGAUUAAAUUUAAAUGCUGCUUCUGAUCCUUCUUGAAUCAACAUCAUAACUGGCUUAAUAUUUAAGAAAACAUGAGCUAAAGGUUUAAUAAUUCUUAAUGAUGUGGGAUGUUUUAAAGCUAAGUCCACAGUGAAGCUGCCAGUCCAGUCAAAAUAAACACACUGAGCACCACACCAGCCACCAGCUUAGCUUUUUCCCUUUUUCUUCUUCUUUUUUUUCCAGCCACUACAACUUUCCUGUGUAUAACCAUCCUCUCCACUUGUGUUUAGCCCUCGGGCAACUACCUUCUGCUGCCUCCAUUUCAUCCACAAGCCAGUCAUGUGUUUAGCAUAUCUUUUUUUUUUCUUUUCCAGUAAACAGAAAACAGAGUGCUGCGGUGUUUACUGUUGUUUACUGUACAUAGGACACUGAUCUCCCGAGUAUUCCCACCACACACGUUCAUCGGCGACCACCUUCGCCGGCCCCCACCCUCCCCCUCAUCCGUGUCUCUUCCCUCUGCUUUUCGUUGCCUUUUCCAGUGGACUCCAGUGACUUAUUUUUGUACUUUUUUAGCCGUGUUCUCCCUGGCUGUUUUUUGUACAUAUCGUCCGCGCUGGCCUCUCCGUCUCUCUGUUACGUUGUAAAGCUGACAAGCCUCGCAGCAAGUGAGGGUUCACACUUGUUUCUAGUGGACGUCGCUCCAUGGGGGUGUUUUCCGGGGAGGGGGGGGAGGGUUCGGCUUGUCGCGACGCAAAUGUUUCUACUUUGUAAAAUGAUGGACAAUUGUGUAUUUACUGUCUGUUCAUAGUAGAUUUAUAUAUAUAUAUAUAAAAGAAAUGAGUAUAUUAUAUAUAUCUAUACAUGCUGAAAUGCUAUGAUCUUGUUUCUGAAGUUGGUAUUGAACCUUUUCAUGGGUCUGGCGAACAGUACUGGCCCUUUUCCGGUGUCCCUGAAGGCACCGUCUGCUGUCCCGGGUCACAGCUGAUUAUGUGUUUUGUGCAGCGUUUUACUGGCUGUCCUUUUUGUCUGUCAAACAGCGACGACUGGUUUUUCACUUUAUUUAUCCCACUGGUACCUUAACACUGUUACAGCAGGUGUGUGCAGCCACGCAUGUUCACACACACACACACACACACACGCGCACACACACACGCACACGCGCUCGUUUCUAGUCAAUAUUUUUCCAACCUGUCUUUUGUGUCGAUGUUUUCAUAGAGAAACGAGAAUCUUCUAGCUGGCAUUGAUUUAAUUGUCUUAUUUCUAAGAAAUGUGCUACAGAAAGUUGAAGUCUGGAUUUUACUUUUCUCUCAAAUGAUCAGUUGUAAUCUUUUGCUCUAGUUUUUCUUCCUGUUAAAGUUUCAAUCAUAUUUGAUAGAACAAAAAAUAAUUGUUUGGGCUCUUUUAAGACCUUUGCAAAUUAUUUUACGGAACAGUGAUUUGAAUACGUUUUUUUUUUUUUACUUGACCAAAUGUCUCUGGAGCACAUUUAUGUUUGCUGGCGAGAGUGUCCGACAGUUGUUGGGCUUCUUGAUAAAGUUUUUGGGGAAAAAAGUAUCUUUUAAUUAAUACCUUGACUUUAUGCUCCUCCCUUUAAACCCACCUCUGACGUCAAAAGCCAGCGUUCACAUAAAUUCAAGUUCUUGUGAUUUACAGCUGUGGCUUUUAUAGUUUGAGGGAUGAGAAAUCAUUUGGUCAGGGGGAUGCCUUUUCCCAUCAUGCAUUUCUUCUUUAAAUCGUUAUGAAGAAAUUGGAGGGUGAAUUUGUUAAAAUGGAUGAAACACGAGUAUCCAUCACAGCGUUAGACAAAGCACAUGGGGUGUGUGUCUCAUUGUCCUCCUCUCUGAUCUCAACAAGGACUUUUUCCAUUGUCUGCACAGCAAAUCACUGCAUUCGUACUUUUUCUUUGCAUUCCCAUUUUCUUAAACACACAUGCACUACUUCCUCCUCUUCUACUGUUUGUUGUGUGGACGCUUCAUUCACACACUUUUGUUGUUGUGUUUGGGAUGUUAAAACGUAUAUAACCAGUCGGUCCUGAAUGUCAUCUGUCAUCUCGACCGGGACGCGCUCGACGUCUCUGCGCGUUUGGACUCGCUUGCGGAGACGCGUUACAGUAAUCCAAGCCCAGAGCAUUCCCAGAACCCUUUGCACUGCUGUGCCAGUCGUGGCUUUUCUACCGUUUAAUGCUUUGGUUUCUUGAGCGCCGCCAAAACUAGCACUGUCUGGCCGUUCUGGCCAUUUGUCUUCACUGUCAGUCUUAAAACAAUGUCCAGUAACCAGAAAUAGAGAAGCAGCAACAUUCCAUUUGGUUCUAAUUUCCACUUAUUAGGAGGCAGAUUUCCAGGUUUUGUGCGUUUGAGCCUUUUGUAGGUGUGAGAAUUGCCUGUUCGGGUAGUCCGAUCUGACUCCACUCCAUUCCUCUUCUCUCUCUGCAUGAUCUGUCCGUCUGCAUGCACUGCCCACCUGUCUGUCUGUCUGUCUGUCCCCUGCCACAUACAAGGGAUCGAGCACUGAAGGACAAUAGUACUUUCACUGUAUCCAAACUGUCUAAUCUCUCUGACUGCUUUUUAUUUUGUUUUUUGGUAGUGUGGAUGCUUUUUUUUUUUUUUUUUCCUGCCCCUCUUGUCGUGCUUUUAAUUGUAGCAAAUGCGAUCAUUAAAUCCGGUGAACCUAAGUUGAAAACUUCACACAAAAAAAAGGGAAGAAGUAUCUAGCACAGCUGAUAGAUUUUAAUGUAUUUAUGUAGAAAAACAGGUUGUUUCAGCGGGGCGCUUUGUAAACUGCAUCAAUUGUCUCUCAUUUUAUCUUCGUGCCAGGCGAGAUGUGACUUUGGUGGCUUUUAUUUUGGAAGAGUUUUCAGUUCUUUGUCACAUCUGGACUUGUCAAAGGGCUCCAUCCAGAUGCCUGGUUCUCCGUGCAGUCGUCCAUUCCCAUGAAUAAGCCAGUUAUCUCUAUGACCACUGUGGUUCAAAUACAGCUCUAGGUUUACAUAUGUAUAAAAUGCAUAUUCAAUAUUUGUUUUUGUUUUGUUUUUUUUUAUCAGAUAUGUUCUUGACUUGUUCCACCAUUGUUACAGAAAUAGUAUAAUUUUUCUCGGGAACCUUUGCUCUAACAUGUUGUCUUUGACAUCUACGAUAUAAAGUAUUGUUUUGGAAAAA